UCGUGCAAGUGGCUGGCUGGCUGGCUGCGUCGGGCUCCGCGGUUUCUCAAGGAAAACCAGGUAUUUCCCAUUCGGCAUGUUCAAAUUUUAGUUAGGGUUGUUUUUAAACGCGCAGGGACCAUAUUCAACACAAAAACCGGGGCAAAAAAGGGCUCCUUUUACGAUUUUCCGCGAUUGCCUUGUUCCCGGGUAUCGAGCCCAAUAUGGCGUGGGCUCAUACCCGCUGAGCGCCGGCCGGCCAUGCCCAGAACGCGCAGGGGCGCGAAAGCGUCGCCGUCUCGCUCCCCACCGCGGCCCUCGGCCGUUGGGGAGUCGCCCCGCUCGCGGGGACCCGAUUUGUCGGAGGACGGCGACGCGGCGGUCGCUCGUUUCUCGGUUCUUGUCGACCAGAUGCAGGCCGCCGAGGACCAUCAACCCCCGGCCGCAGAUGACGACAACGACGAGGUGGCGUCCCAGGCCUCGGAACAAUCCGCUGUCACGGACGCGGAGGAAACGGCCGUUACCGCGACCCUGCACCAGUGGCUGAACGACAUAGACCGCAUCGUCCGCGACGUCAUCGCAUUCGCGUACGUGCCGGCCAACCGGGUCCCCACGGACUCGCGCAACUUUUUCCUGGACAAGAUCGAGGCGUCGCGCGGCGUCUGCGGGCGCGUGGCGUGCGAGACGGCCAGGCAGGCUGCCCUGGCCUCCUCGCUGCGGAGGCAGCUCGCCGGGACGCGACGGGAGCUUGCCGAGGCGCGGCGGGAGGCGGCCGAGUUGCGGGAGCGCCUGGCGGUCGCCGGGGCCCGGCUGGAUGACCUCGCGGCCUCGGGGGUGGGCCCGGGACGUGCCGGCCGCGGUCCUGCCGCGCCCGCGGGCGGCGUUUCUGCGCCGUCGACCGCUAGCGACUCGGCGGGCCCGCCCGCCGGCCGCAUGGACUACGCGGCUGCCCUGCGGACGGGCCUUGCGCCCUCUGCCGGCGCGGCCUGCGGCGGCCCGGGUGCUGUUGCGGCGGCGGCCGUCGCGGCGGGGGGGGCCCGGCGCCCUGCACAAACACGUCGCGUUCUUGACGCCUAUUUCAUCGACCGCGACGCCGGCGCGGGACGUGCUUCGCCUCCUCAAAUCGACAGUGGACCCGCGAGCCCAGAACAUCCGAGACGUCACACUCCAUCAGACCCGGUACGGGUCCCCCGAGAACCUGUCGCCUCCAGCCACGUCCGGCGCGGAGGACGGGUCAGUGGCCGCUCGGGCACCACCGCCCGCCGUCAGCCCCCGAACAGCGGGAAUCUCCGCCCGCACCACCGCAACAAAGGAUCGCGGCAGGUCCUCCGGCGCCGCCGAGGACGGCACCCGCACCCGGAGCUCAGCAGUCUCGCGCCGUGCUUGAUCCAACUGCCGACGUAACUCCUCGACGACACCAUCAUUCUUCGCCACUGCCGCCUGUAACUCUGCACAAAUCUGUAUCAUACUGUUAAGCUCUGUGAUUAUUUGCGCCCGAAUGGGAUUUGAAACUUUGGAUUUAUCUUGGAAUAUGAUUUCCUCAAUGCGU